GCUGCCCUCAUCUGUCCCGCGGGUAUAAAAGUCAAGUCAAAGACGAGGACUCCGCACUUUAUCUCGGGGGGAAUCGAAGAAUUUUCGAAGGAUCUGGACGUGGACACGCAGCCUCAAGAUGCCUUCUUCUACGAUGGUGCGCGCAGAGAACAGCAAACCAGGAAAGAAAAUGAAAUCCAACAGCAAUGGAAAGACGAUUGCAGAGAACGUUUCCGUUUACUUGCCGGGUGUGCCGGAGCCAACGUGUCGCGCUGAGCUCAUGAAGUACUGGAUGAAUUUUUCUUUGGACGACCGGACUGCUAACAAGAUGCUGUGGAUUUCUGAUGGCGGUUCCAAGGUGUGUCGUAGAACAGAGGAAGUUUGUCCUGUCCUGGACAGACCUGAGAGAUAUGAAUAUUCUCCACAGGUGGUGUGCAGGGAGAGCAUUUGGAACGCGAGGGCUUACUGGGAGGUGGAGUACUCGGGGUGGGUGGUAAUUGGAGCCACUGACGAAGGAGCGGGAAGGAGGGCGCAUUCAGGGCCGAGCGGCCUUGGAGAAAACGAGCAGUCCUGGGGUCUCUGCUGGUCGGGAACCAGCUACCAGUUCUGGUUCAAUGGCGAAAACAGGGACAUAAACAACGUCCCGUAUUGCUCCACGAUUGGAGUUUACCUGGACCAGCCGGCGGGGAUUCUAAACUUUUACACGGUCGCUGGUGAGGGGGUGCAGAGAGAGGUUACGCUGCUGCAUCAAGUUAAAAUUAGUAUUGACAGCAAGAUUCUUCCAGGCUUCUGGAUAGGAAUUCAGUCUUCAUGCACCUUACUGAAGAGAGCAGAAUGAAUGAAUCAUAUGAAUCAGAUCUGAGCCAGUGAUGUCACAGUGAGCUACUCACAAUGGUUACACGUGGAUAAAGUUUUAUUCACAUAUUCCUGUAAUUGUCGUUAAUAUACUCCUAUAAGUUUCCAAUAAUAAAACAUGCAGCUUAUUGUUGUUAUUAGGAUAAGAUUACUUAUAAUUCAUUUGAUUUUGAGAUUAUUUUUCUUUAUUUUGCCUCCUUUCUGGCCUCUAGACUUCUAUAGCUGGUUGAUUGGAUAUUCAUGAUUGUGAUAAUAAUCAGAAUACUGUGAAAAGGAAAAUGUUAAAACCAUUUUAUAGUAAAAUGAUCACCACAUUCACUGCUUCUCUGUUAGCGUCCUCAAAUAACUAAUGUAUAAUGGAUAAUUGUGCAAACAGUGUAAAGCUCUCUGUUCUCUGUUUGUUUGGUCUUUCUUAUUAAAGAAAGGGGAUUGCUUC